UUAUUUUAAAUAAUUAUUACUUUUUAUUUAGGGAAUAAGUUAGUCAUAGGAAAAUAUUAAAAGUUUUGGCUUCCCAAAUUAUUGUUCUAAAAUGCAGAGAAAGUUAAAGAAAAUAGCAAUAAUAUUAAUUAUCACAAGUUUUUGGAUUUUCCCGAGUUUAGAAAUAGAAGAAAGAGUGACAAAAAGAAGAAUACUCUACAAUCCAAUAGAAUAUCGGUUUAUAAAUGAUUAUAUAAUAUCGCCUUCCGAAACGUUUUGUCAAAAAAUCCCAUUUAUAAUCAUAAUAGUGACGUCGUAUGUCGGUGACAUUGAGCUACGAAACAUUUUACGCAGAGUUAUGCCACAAGAAGAACUGGAGUUGAUGGAGGCUGCGAGAAUAUUUUUACUGGCAGAAAUUCCACCGAAUGAAAAGAAUAUUACCCAAAGUCUAAUAGAAGAGGAAAACCAGAAAUUCCACGAUAUUCUCCAAGGCGCAUUUACAGAAAGCUACCGCAACUUGACAAUUAAACAUUUAAUGGGCUUGCAAUGGGUCACAACGAAAUGCCCUGAUGCGUCCUACAUACUUAAAGUUGAUGAUGACACUGUAUUUCGUUUCGAAAAAAUAUUCGACUAUUUAUUAAAAACUGCAGACGACGAAGAAGAAGAUUUUAUUAUGGGCUACAUGCUAAACAAUACAGAACCUAAACGAAAUAAUACGAAUAGAUGGUAUGUGUCUCUGGAAGAAUAUCCAAAUAAGGAAUAUCCGCCAUACGUAUCAGGCUGGUAUUACGUAACUACCCCUCCAGUAGCAACAAAAGUAAUAAAUGAAGCCAUGUACCAUCCAUACUUUUGGGUAGACGACGUUCUGAUUACAGGCAUUUUGAUUGGCGCUCUGAACAUCACAAUUAUUCGUAUGCCCGGUGAAUUCUUUUUUGAGUAUAUGCUAAACGUUGUGAUCCAUGCCAACAAAGAAGAUUGGGACAUUGGAGCAUAUAACUACUCUCAUGCAAUUGUCAAUUUAGCUAAAAAAAGCUGGUGAGCCUGCGGCGGUAGCAGAAAUCAAAUAG